AUGGAUGCGAAGCCACAGAGAUUCCGCGUCUGUGGGGACGAAAACAUGCCCCCUUCGUCCUUGCAAAACCACAAGACAAUUCACCAGCGCAACAAGUCCAGCCCCGCUCUGAACAUGAUGGCCCAGAAUUCUACGAAGCCUGGUGUGCGCCGUGCUUUCGGCGAUGUCAGCAACACCAAGGGUGUCAGCCGUGACGAUUCUGCCUUGGUUGGGAAGCCAACUGCUCUGCCCGAGAAGGGAUUGUCUCAACCAGCACAGCGACAGAUCCCUCUAGCUGUGACCAAAGGUCUCGUUGACAAGGCCACCGGGGCCAAGCCGAUGAACCCUGCCGGAAAAGCCCAGAAGACCAAGCGCAACAACACUAUCUUCAAAGAUCAACUGCAACCCGUCCUCGAGAAGGACACAUCCAAGGAAAACAACCGGAACGUUGAAACAGUCCCAGUCCCCGCGAAGCCCAUCGAAGCCAAUGUCAUCACCAAGGAAAUCGAGAAGGCUACCAUUGCUCCCGAAUCAUACAAGUCGCUUAACGUGGAUCUUCCAAGCCACAUCGAAUCCGACGCCACCAUAUCCGAGCCCGAAGACAUGAAGGAGAUUCAAGUCAAGGAAUCAGUGUUGACCGUGUCGGAACCUGAAGAAUACUGGGAAGAAGAUGAGACCGAAUACUAUGCCGCUCCUACCUAUUCCUCACGCGGAGACAACACCACCGGCGGGACUGCUGUUAUUUACCCCAAGAUGAAUGCCAUGACCAGGCGUCAGAUGUUCCUGGCUAAGGAGAUUGUCGAGAGCCAAUUGACUGAGGAGGACAUCAUCGAGGAUCGGUAUGAUACCACCAUGGUCGCAGAAUACAAUGAGGAAAUAUUCUUGCACCUGCGGAAUAAGGAGAUUGACAUGCUCCCUCUCCCUGACUACAUGGCGAAUCAAUCCGAAAUCCAGUGGUCUAUGCGUUCGGUCCUCAUGGACUGGCUCGUCCAAGUUCACCAACGCUUCAACCUGCUUCCUGAGACUCUUUAUCUCACUGUCAACUACAUCGACCGCUUCCUGUCUCACAAGAUUGUUUCACUGGGCAAGUUGCAGCUUGUGGGUGCAACUGCCAUCUUCAUUGCGGCCAAGUUUGAAGAGAUCACGGCCCCUUCGGUCCAAGAGAUUGUUUACAUGGUUGACGGUGGCUACACUGUGGAUGAAAUCCUGAAGGCUGAGCGCUUCAUGCUUACCAUUCUCGACUUUGACCUGGGAUGGCCUGGCCCGAUGAGCUUUCUCCGACGCAUCAGCAAGGCUGAUGAGUAUGAUCUCGAAACUCGUACUGUGGCUAAGUACUUCCUUGAGCUCACCAUUAUGGACGAGCGAUUUGUCUGCACUCCUCCCAGCUUCGUUGCUGCCGGAGCUCAUUGCCUCGCUCGCAUGUUGUUGAACAAGGGCCAAUGGACCCCUGCCCAUGCUUACUACAGUGGCUACCUCUAUGCCCAAUUGAUUCCCGUGCUCCUCACUAUGCUCGACUGCUGUGAGAACCCUCGCCGUCACCACGCGGCCAUCUUCGAGAAAUAUUCCGACCGUCGCUUCAAGCGCGCUUCGGUGUUUGUUGAAGCCGAGCUUGCACACGAAUUUGCUCUCCCGGAAAUCUCCAGCCUGAGUAACCCUGAUCGCCUCGAUGGUACGGCCAACUACUAG